CCCCGCCGCGGCCUCCCCGCUCUCGCUCUUGAGUUGAUACUCGGGAGGGGGUUCGUGAUCCGGAGCGGCGGGCGGCUGGCCUCGCCUGGAGAUCGAUCAUGAGCGCCAGAAGCCUCGUCCGGUCCCCGGUAUCCUGUAGUGCUGUAAAUGAAUGCUUCACCUAUAGUUCACGGCGCUCAAGAAGCUUCUAUCAGUGUUCGAAUACCAUGAACUUGCAAAGGCCACAAGUUGCCCAGAUGCUUUUGCCUCGCAAAUUAAGGAAAUCAACCCGAUUGCAGACCUCCCUUUUCACCCAGAGGCAGAUUGCAUCAAACUGUUGCUCUGACCUUAGUACCACGUACACAGAGGAACUGCCCAACUAUUUAGCAAUUAAUGUUUUGCAUGACCAAUCGGAUGCGAAACAAGAAAAUAUUCGCAAAGUGCUUGUCAUCCUGAAUCCUUAUUCUGGAUUCCGUAGCUCCCGUGAGGUUUUCUACAAGAAAGUGCAAUCAACGCUGAAGCUUUCAGGCUUCGCAAUGGAAGUUGUUGAAACAGCGUAUGCUGGUCAUGCAAAGGAGCUAGCCUCUACUGUUGACUUCAGUACAUGCCCUGAUGGUAUUAUAUGUGUUGGGGGUGAUGGAGUCGUGAAUGAGGUGUUGAAUGGUUUACUUGGUAGAGAUGAUUUGAACGAGGCACUUCAACUGCCCAUCGGGAUAGUUCCUGCUGGUUCUGAUAAUUCAUUGGUGUGGACUGUUCUUGGCAUCAGGGAUCCUGUGUCGGCAGCAACUGCUUUAGCUAAGGGUGGUUUCACACCAAUCGAUGUGUUUGCUGUAAAAUGGAUCCAAGCUGGAGUUACUCAUUUCGGUUUGACGGCUUCCUACUGUGGUUUCGUAGCUGAUGUCAUACAAUUAUCUGAAAAGUUCCGCCUGCAGCUUGGGCCCUUCCGUUACGUCAUCGCUGGCCUUCUUAAGUUUCUGUCCCUGCCCCAGUACAGAUUUGAGGUGGAUUAUAUGCCUUUAUCACCAGAGAGAAAUCCUAAACCGAAGUCAUCGAAUGAAAAAUUUCAUGACCAGCUUCCUGAUGGUAGCAAGGUUAAGAGAAGUACACAAAUGGAUGGUAAGACUGGAGAUAAUUGGGUUACGAGGAAAGGGGAGUUUCUAGGCAUUUUGGUUUGCAAUCACUUCUGCAAGCCUGCCCAGGGGUUACUUUCGCCAGUUGUUGCACCAAAAGCUCAGCAUGACGACGGCAGUCUGGACUUGAUUCUUGUCCAUGGAAGUGGAAGACUCAGAUUAUUUUGCUUCUUUGUUGCCUAUCAGUUCUGUUGGCAUCUUCUACUCCCGUUUGUGGAAUAUGUCAAGGUAAAAGAAGUAAAAAUUAGGCCAGUCGGCAGUACCCACAGUGGUUGUGGUGUCGAUGGAGAGCUUCUUCAGGCGGAUGGCCAACCAGAAUGGCAUUGCUCUCUGCUCCCAUCACAAGGCCGGUUGCUUGGCCGGCAUCCGAGAACUUAGAAGUAGGUUUCUAACCCAUCGAAAAGUCAUGCUGCCACUCCGAGCAAUGCUGCAGCAUACCCAUUAAAUUAGUGUGAAGGAGAGUAUUGAUGCAACUGUAAAAUGUGUAUUCUGCCAUUGUUUUUCACCCAUUUUUCCCAAGGUUGUAAAUCAGGGGAUGAACUCCAGAUUCGCCGGACCCAGUUGAUGGGCAGCGGGUAGGUGUAUAUUCCAGGAAAAUAUGACUUCAUUAUUGUGAUCGUCUGCCUUAAGUGAAGUGUAAACGACAUAUAUUGGUUUCCAUUCUCAAUAUAUAGAUGACCGAAAUGCAGUUUAUAAAGUCA